AUGGACGAUCAGACGACCCCAAGUUCCGGCGAAGCCAGCGAGAAUACGCCGCUCCUCCCACCUGCCUCCUCUCCCACAUCGACACGACCAAAAGACGGCCCCGCAAUGUUACAUUUCAACCAGAAUCCUGUGUCCAAGACGAUAGAACCAGAACCAGCCCAGCCGCGCCCCCGACACUCUCACUCUUUCCACCUCGCCACGGCCUCCCCGGGCCAGAGUUCGGCCAUCUCCUCCAUCAACAACAAGCUGCGCAGGAGAAACAGCCAGGGCUCCCCGUCCAACACCCUCCCUCUUCCGCUGCCGCCCAAGAUUGGUCCUCAGCGAAGCACGAAGAACGCACAGAAGCUCAAGCUCCUGCCCAAUCCCGAACCCGGCGAGGAGGAUGAGGAGAGCGGCCGAGACGUCUACUCCCAGUACACCCGCAUCAAGGACCCCACGGCCCGGCGCGACGCGGCACGUCUGGGCAAGGCCGACCGCGAACGCCUGCCGCGCGUCACGGCCUACAGCACGGCGAACAAGUACGAGAUGGAGGGCCUCAUGCGGUUCAUGAAGGGCCGCGGCAAGUCACGGGGCGCCAACCCGAAACUCAUCGACGAGUGCCUCUACUCGGCGUACACCUACGGCCACAGCGUCGAGAACAGGCGUGACCGCCGCGUCGGCGCGCAGCCGAACCCCGUCCAGGCGUACGAGCGGCGCCACUCGACGGGCGACUUCUCCGACGGCUUCGAGCGGCAGGGCCUCCUCGACCUCGCCGCGCAGGGCCCGCAGGACUCGGGUUUUGAGGAAGGGUUCCUGCACGACGGCGCCCACGACAUUGAGGCGCCGAUCGAGAACAGCCAGGACUUCGACACGGAGAUACACACGCCCGAGAAGCUGGCGCCGGACGAUGUCGAGGCCGAGUUCUUCAACUUUUACUACACGCGGGAGUACCAGGCCCGCAUCUACAAUGACUUUAUCACGCUGCGGGACAAGAACAACUACAUGACCAAGCUGGCCAUCUCGCACGCGCUCGCGCAGAGCGUCAAGACAUCCCUAUUCGAAGAGUUGAUCGCCUCAACGGUGGAGACAUGCAAGGAUAUUCCUACGCAGAUUGCCAACACGGGCAAAAUCGACCUGAGCCGCAAGCAGAUCAACAUGCAGAUCGGCGAGCUCUUCAUCCUCCGCAUCAACAUUCACUUAAACGGCUCCGUCCUCGACACGCCCGAACUCUUUUGGGUCGAGCCGCAGCUGGAACCCGUCUACCAGGCCGUGCGGAGUUACCUCGAGAUGGACCAGCGCGUGGGCCUGCUGACGGAGAGGCUGGACGUCAUUGCCGACCUGCUGGCCGUCCUGAAGGGAGAGCUGAGUCACGGCCACGGCGAGAAGCUCGAGUGGAUCGUCAUCGUGCUGAUCGCGGCGGAAAUUGUCGUUGCGGCGAUCAACAUUGUGGUGGAUCUGUACGCCGGGGAGUAA